AUGCAUCUGUUUGUUCUAACAUUAAUUUCAAUAUCAUUCAGCUAUGCUGAUCCUGUUAUGGAUAUGAUUCAAGCUGAGAAUUAUCCAGCAGAAAAACAUACAGUACAAACAAAAGACGGUUAUAUUCUAAGUGUGUAUCGAAUCCCCAACGUGAAUGCAAGACGAAAUAAUCAUAGAAUUAUUUUACUAAUGCACGGAAUUACUAUGGCAGCGCCAAUAUUUUUAACGAUGGGACGUAACAUAUCAUCUGGUUAUAAGUUCGCUGAUGCAGGAUUUGAUGUUUGGAUCGGAAAUUCAAGAUGCAACACAUUCUCCAGGCAUCAUAUAACUAAGCAUCCAAAUGAUCCAACAUUUUGGGAUUUUAGCUGGCACGAGAUUGGUGUUUUUGAUAUACCCGCAACGAUUGAUUAUAUUUUAGAGCAAACGAAUAAAACAAAACUCUCAUAUGUGGGUUAUUCCCAGGGUGUUUCAGCUUUUUACGUUAUGCUUUCUGAACUGCCACAAUAUAAUGACAAAAUUGCCAUUG